AACAUAUACUACACAUCAUUCUUGUACAUUAAGAAUGACAUAUUCGUCCACAAUAUUUCGUACAAACAUUAUCGUUACUCUUUUCACGGUUGAAUUUGUGAUACUACUGUUAUCUGUGGCAAAUGCAAAGCCGGCUACGUUCCUUCAGGAUUUUCGUACAACAUGGUCGGAUUCCCACAUCAAACAACUCGAUGGCGGGAAGGGGAUUCAACUUCUACUUGACCAAAACUCUGGAUGCGGGUUUGCUUCUAAGAGUAAAUAUUUGUUCGGACGUGUGAGUAUGAAGAUUAAGCUCAUUCCGGGAGACUCUGCCGGCACUGUUACUGCUUUUUACAUGAAUUCAGACACCGACCAAGUGCGUGACGAGCUCGAUUUUGAAUUCUUGGGGAACCGGACCGGGCAGCCUUACUCCGUCCAAACUAACGUGUAUGCCCAUGGAAAGGGCGAUAGAGAACAAAGGGUGAACCUGUGGUUCGACCCUGCAGCUGACUUCCACGUUUACUCCAUCCUCUGGAACCACCACCAAGUUGUGUUUUCAGUGGAUGAAGUACCCAUAAGAGUGUACAAGAACAAUGAAGCCAAAGGUGUCCCUUUUCCAAAAUUCCAACCAAUGGGAAUCUACUCGACAUUAUGGGAAGCAGAUGAUUGGGCAACGAGAGGCGGGCUUGAAAAAAUAGAUUGGAGUAAAGCACCAUUUUAUGCAUACUACAAAGAUUUUGAUAUCGAGGGGUGCCCUAAGCCAGGACCAAGUGGUUGUGAAUCGAACCCAGCAAACUGGUGGGAGGGUUCUGGUUACCAGCAGCUCGAUGCGAUGGCAUCACGCCGCUACCGGUGGGUGCGAAUGAACCAUAUGGUUUACGAUUACUGUACCGAUAAGCCACGAUAUCCGGUGACUCCAGCGGAAUGUAUGGAUGGAAUUUAAGGAAAUUUCGGUUUCAGAAUACUUGCCGCUAAAUGGGGUUUAUGGUUAAUAUUUGUGUGUUGAUAUUGUAUGCAUACGGUGGUCGGAUGGGGGUGAAAAAGUAAAUUGUUAUUGUCUACUAUUGAAAAUUUAUCUCUAUUUUUCCAAGUUUGAAUGACCAAAAAUAAACUUUCUGUAAUUAUUGUGAAAAUGAUAUGUGAAAUAUACAUAUACAUACAUCUCUCU